AUGGCCAAUUUCACAUACCGGAAGCCGGGGUGGAUGUCCUUGUUCGGCUUCACCACCACAAAGCAUCUUCCAACUCUAAUUGGAGGAAUUCUUUUUGCCAUCGUCUCGAGUCUCGCGACUCCGGUGUUUUCUGUAGUCUUGGGCGACCUCUUCAAUUCGUUCGCACUGUUUGGUGGAGGGAGACUUGCGAAAGAGGAUCUGACCCAACAGAUCAGCAAAUAUUCAAUCGAGCUGCUCGCUCUUGGAGCUGCCAGCUGGGCCUGCAACAGUGCUUAUUUCAUUUAUUUUGUGAUCUUUGGAGAGCUUCAGGUUGCGAAUGCUCGGACCAAGCUAUUUGAAGGGCUUCUGCAGAAGAAUCAGGAAUGGUUCGAAACGCAACCGGACGGCACCCGGGUCUUUCUCUCUUCCCUCCAAGGACAGAUCGAUGAUUUACAGAAGGGGACGUCGCAGGCUCUGGGUCUCUCGUUGCAGUAUAUCUUUCGAGCCAUUUUCUCCCUAGGCCUGGCUUUUUGUACCUCUUGGAACCUCACUUUAGUCACUCUGGCCGGUAUUCCAUUUCUCUCGGCCGCCGUCUCUUUCCUUUCCACCAAGACAAAUUCGAGUGUGGACGCACAGAAGACCGAACUGGCACAUGCAUCCAGGACUGUCGACAAUGCCGCUACUUCGAUCGAUGCAGUCAAGUCUUUCAAUGGGCAAGCCACGGAAAUCCGGAAUUUCGUGGUCAGUAUCGACAAGGCGGCAUCGCAUUGCCUCAGACGCGCGUUCUUUACCUCACUACAAAUAUCUGCUCUACGACUGAUGACGUUCGGCAUGUUCGUACAAGGAUUCUGGUAUGGGAGCUCCUUGGCUACCUCGGGACAUCUCUCAGCGGGUGAAGUGCUGAGAACAUUUUGGGCCUGCUUAGCAGCUGCACAGUCCAUGGAGUUUCUCAUGCCACAGAUCGUCGUCCUGACAAAACGCAAUGCUGCAGCUCUAUCCUUGGUCGAUAUUUUGGGUGACCGAUCAGAUAAUGCGGAUAGAGGGGAGAGGAGAGGGACUGUGUACCCGGACUUUUGUAAAGGUGACAUCGAAGUCAGCAAUCGGGUCUGGGAAGAGCACGCUUGGACAACUGCUCACACGCUUGGACAACUGCUCACACGCUUUUACUUACCGGCAUCCGGUGAAAUAACGAUCGACGGUGUUCCCAUACAAUCAUUAAGCAUAGAUUGGAUAAGGAAUAACAUCACCGCUAUUGAACAGCGAAGCGUACUUUUCAACGAAUCCAUCUUCAUGAAUAUAGCGUUCGGCAGUCGCGAUUAUGACCGACUCCACAAAGCCGAUGUACAAGGGUGUAAUGGCCUCGCAAUGCUUCACAGUACAAUAGAUGAUCUUCCCAAGGGGAUCGACACUUGCGUUGGUCAUGGAGGCGAUUUUCUAAGUGGUGGUCAGAGACAGAGGGUGGCGAUUGCGAGGGCGCGGCUGAGGAAUACACCGAUCUUGAUAAUGGAUGAGCCGACGAGUGCCCUUGAUGCAACUAAUCGCGUGGAGAUAAUGAAAGCCAUUCGGGAAUGGCGUCGAGGGAAGACAACUAUCAUCAUUACGCAUGAUAUGUCCCAGAUUAUGGAUGACGACUUUGCCUACAUCAUGGAUCAAGGCAGGGUAAUUCAAGGCGGCUACAGGUUUGAACUUGAAGACAGCAAUACGUUUCUCAUUGCCACAAGAAAGUCUCACCAUGAUGAGAGCAACGCCACUAGUGUUCGCGAUACUUCUGACACGUGUUCCAAUGCCUCGGAACUCUCAACCGGAAGCACAUGCGGUCCGGGCUUGGAUACCUACUCUCGGCAUGAAGAGCUUGCACAACAUUCAUCAGCUAUAUACAAAUACAAUACAAGCUUGAAGAGCAAUCUAAAGUCUAGGGACUCUCGACGGGGUAGACCCUCUCGAGAAUCGGUCGAUUCCAUCGGGAUGCAGAUGUUUGAACUCAAAGCCUUUCAAGUCCGUGGCGCAGAAGUCCAGUCCAAUCGGCUCAGUUGCAACGUAAUCCCAGUGAAUGAUGCUGUCAAUGAGAUAAAAGCUGCCAAAACGAAGCAUUCUACCAGGUGGUCAUUCAAACGAACCGCACGUCUCGCGCCGCAAGAACGCAUGUCGUUGGGUCAGAUAAUGAUGACCAUAGUUCCCAAUCUGACUCGAAGACAAAGUUUGCUUCUUAUCCUUGGGUGUUUAAGCACCCUCUGUCAUGCAGUGGCCACCCCACUGUUCUCUUAUUGCUUGUCGCAACUUUUUGGGACAUUCUACAACAGCAAGGCCCGCGCCUCGACAAGGUCAUUGAUUGUCCUAGGUGUUGCAAUAGGCGACGGCAUCGUGUCAUUUUCGAUGCAUUACCUUUUGGAGCUAUGUGGCCAGGCAUGGGUUGAUCGCCUCCGAAAAAGAAGCUUCCAUCUUUUACUGGACCAGCCACGUAAAUGGUUUGAAGAAGCCGGGAAUGAGCCUUCCCAAGUUACGACAUGCCUCAACCAGAGUGCAGAAGAGAUGCGUAACCUGGUUGGACGUUUUGGCGGCUAUGUCCUCGUGGCCACUGCAGUGGCUGUGGUUGCAAUCAUAUGGAGCAUGGCUGUUUGCUGGAAAUUGACCCUUGUCGCAGUAGCCUGCGGUCCUGUCAUCUAUGCCAUCACCAGAGGGCUCGAAAGGACCAAUGGGAUAUGGGAGCGACGAUGUAUUGGGGUCCGAACAUCAGCUUCAGAAGUAUUCGUGGAGACAUUCUCGCAACUUCGCACCGUUCGGACAUUGACUCUCGAGCCAUACUUCCAUAAGAAGCAUAUGAAGGCUGCGUCGAUGUGUAUGAUUCUCGGACUGAAAAAGUCCCUUUACACCGGUUUUCUUUUUGGACUGGUGGAACCCAUGAUUAUCUUCGUCAGCACCCUGAUCUUUUACUAUGGAGCGGUCCUCGUAUCAUCGCUAGAGUUUACAGUUCAAGAUCUUAUGACAGUCUUCUCUGUCCUUUUAUUCAGCAUCGGAUACGCGAGCAUGGUACUGUCAUGGAUUCCCCAGAUUGGUACUUCACAGGAAAUGGCAAACCAGCUCUUACGCCUUGCAAAUCUCCCGGAGGGCGCUUCUCAUGAACAUCGAGGCAAGCUAAAGAUCGCCAUGACAGCGCCGGUGCAGAUCAACAGAUUGGACUUUCGAUAUCCAUCACGUCCCGAUGCUUUGGUUUUGCGGGACGUGUCCCUCAACAUCCCGAGGAAUAAAUGCACGGCAAUCGUUGGACGGUCGGGGUCGGGGAAGUCGACAAUAGCAUCCCUCCUGCUAGCCCUAUACGAGGCACCCCCUUCCAAGGACGGACGACCUACACUUGCUUUGAGAGGACUUGACAUUCAACGUGUGCAUAUCCCGACCCUCCGCUCGCUGAUUUCUAUUGUCUCCCAACGGCCGUCUAUCUCCCCGGGCACUAUUGCAGAAAACAUUAGCUACGGGUUGGAGGAGGAUUCCCCUCUGCGCACGAUAUUCCACGUACGCGCAGCAGCGGAGGCCGCUAGGAUUGACGAUUUCAUCACCUCCCUUCCGGGCGGAUACUUCACCAUGAUCGGCGAUGGAGGGGCCGGGCUGUCGGGAGGGCAAGCCCAGAGGCCGGUGAUUGCACGGGCGCUCGUCCGGCAGCCACAGAUUCUAAUCCUGGACAAAGCCACCUCCAGCCUCGACCCCAGCAGUGCAACGAUCAUCCGGCGGACCGUGCAGAGGCUGGUCGCGACCCGACUAGGACUCACGGUACUUAUCAUUACGCGCGCAAGGGAUAUGAUGGAGAUUGCGGAUAACAUUAUUGUGAUUGAAAAGGGGUGCGUGGUGGAAGAGGGGGCGUACAAGGAGCUCGCACGACAGCCGGAUGGGAAAUUAAGGGCUCUUAUAGAGGAGCCGGAUUCGGAUGAAGAUGAAACAGGCGCAUGA